AUGGGGUGGGCCAACGUCGAAGAAGAGCAGGAGCUCGAGUACAACUCUUGCGACGACGUAUUUGUCUCUGACGACGGCGAUAAGCAACCCCAAAGAUCUGACAUUCUAGAACUCCAGCUGCAAGAGCCAGAUGGUGAUGAUGGCGACGACUCCGACAUUGAUGCUGACAUCGCCCGCGCUUACGGACCCAAGACGACAUCGGAAAGACGCAGGACUCAGAAUGAAGUUCUGAGAGCUUUUGCUACUAAUAUCACUUCCCUCAUCACGCAAAGAGAGGUUGAGGAGGCCAUUUCGAAAAGUGCAAACGAGGAGCAGCUCUCCAUCACGGAUAUUCUCGCGAAACAGGAAACGACUGUCCGCAUUACCAACCCCCGCGAUUACCAGACCGAGCUUUUCCAGCGAGCUAAGAAUGAGAACUUGAUCGCGGUGCUCGACACUGGAUCGGGCAAAACCCAUAUCGCGACACUCUUGCUCAAACAUGUCCUCGAUGAAGAGCUUGAGAACCGGGCCAAGGGCGGUGUCCGCAGAACUGCAUUUUUCCUGGUCGAUUCGGUCAACCUUGUCUUUCAGCAAGCAAACGUCCUCCGCUGCGGCCUCGACCAAGGUGUCGAACCAGUCUGCGGUGCUAUGGGUGCUAGCCUUUGGCGCAAACCUACGUGGGAUUCCUACUUCGCCAAGAACAUGGUCAUCGUAUGCACUGCAGAAGUUCUCGCACAGUGUCUGAUGCACUCCUUUAUCACCAUGGCCCGGAUCAACUUGCUCAUCUUCGACGAAGCACAUCACGCAAAGGACAAUCAUCCCUAUGCUCGCAUAAUGAAAGACUUCUAUUCACACGAGGGUGACAGUUCCAAACGGCCUCGACUGUUCGGCAUGACAGCAUCGCCAGUAGAUGUCGGAGGUCUCAAGCCUGGAGUUGUAGUCGAAGCAGCAGCUAAUCUGGAGAGAAUGCUUUGCUCCAAGAUCGUGACUGUCAGCGAAGAGAUACUUGCCGCAAACAACAUCAGUCGUCCAACCGAAUACGUCGUUCUCUACGAUCGAUUAAAGACUGAGUUCGAGACACCAUUCCACAACAGAAUCAAAGCACAGUAUGGCAAUGUCAAGGCCUUCUAUAAGUUCUUCGUCACCUCUAAGCGGAUCGCUUCAAAGCUUGGGAGGUGGGCUUCUGACAUGUACUGGUCUUUCGCGUUUGCAGACGAGCAAGCCCGCAAACUACAGCAACGAGAGGAAUUCCAAUACAACAGGCUCAAUGGUACCUACGUAAAUGUCGAAGAGCUCGAUGCUAAGAUUCGGUGUCUUAAGGACGCGGCACUGUUCGUGCAAGGGCAGAGCUUCGGUACACCCAGCCUUGGCAACGUUGAUCUGAGUGCGAAGGUCAUGAAACUUCACGAGUGGCUCGGCAUGUACUACAAGCGAAGCGACGAGCCGCGAUGCAUCGUUUUCGUCGAGCAGCGCCAGACUGCACACCUUCUCAAGCUCAUCUUUGACCACGUUGGCGGGCCGAAUCUUCGGUGCGACGUAUUAGUUGGAGUCAACUCACGCGUUAGUGAGCACAACGUCUCACUACGCAAUCAGAUCUUGACUAUAUCGAAGUUCCGACGAGGCGAGCUGAAUUGCAUGUUCGCUACGUCGGUGGCGGAGGAAGGACUUGAUAUUCCUCAAUGUAACCUUGUCGUUCGCUUCGACCUGUACCGCACUAUGAUUGCAUACGUACAGUCGCGAGGACGGGCAAGACACCGUAAUUCGAAAUACCUGCACAUGCUAGAGAACGGCAACCACGAUCAUCGCGAGCGACUCAUGCAGGUCAGACUGGAUGAAACGGUCAUGCGAAACUUCUGCAAGGGCAUCGCGCGUGACCGACUUCUGGAUAGCCUCGAAGACGAGUCAGAUGACUUGUUUGCAAUCGAAGAGAAGCUCUACCCGAGCUUUGUUGACCCAGUCUCCGGCGCAAAACUUACUUAUCGAACAAGUCUCGCAGUGCUCAAUCACUUCGUAGCGACUUUACCAACUCCAAACCACGAAACUCACCUGCAACCGACCUACGUCCUCAGUGCUGAAGUGGGAAUGGAUUCUCACGACACACAGCGCUCGGGCUUUCGAUGCGAGGUAAUACUGCCCGAGUGCUCGCCUAUCAUUUCAAUGGUAGGCAAGGUUGAGAGCAAGAAGACCAUUGCCAGAUGCUCGGCAGCCUUUUAUAUGUGUCUUGAGCUCCACAAGAAAGGUCACCUCAACUCCAACCUACUUCCCACAACGCUGAAGAAUUUACCCGCCAUGAGGAACGCUCUGCUAGCCGUCAGCGAGAAGAAGAAAGGUAACUACCCAAUGCUCAUCAAGCCCACGUUUUGGAGACAAGACCGCGGUCAAACUCCCGAACAUCUUUACCUCACAAUCAUCAACGUCGACAAGGGCCUCGAUCGACCUCACCAGCCACUUGGCAUCCUGACUCGCAAUGAGUUCCCACAGUUGCCAUCGUUCCCUGUCUUCCUCGCGGAUGGAAGGCCGUCGAAUGUGGUUUCUCAGUCGUUCAAUAUGCCCUUCUCAGUCGACGAAACCGAUUUAGAGAUCGUCACGAAGUUCACUCUGCGUGUCUACGAAGAUCUUUACAACAAGACGUAUGAGUACGAUGUGCCAAAGAUGUCAUAUUGGGUCGUCCCCGUUCGCUCGAUCAAGCCUGGCCUAUCUCCGCCACCAGCAUCUUUCGAAGAUGUUGUGGACUUGGUGCAGAUACGCAAGGUAUCCGAGUCGCCAAGUUGGCAGUGGACCGCCGACACGCCAGACUAUGAGCUCUUGGACAAGUACAUCAUAGACCCCAUGAACGGUGGUCGCAGGUUCUACUCUGAACGUAUCGCAGCCCACCUCAAAGCACAAGACCCGGUGCCAGCACACAUUCCGCGUCAGAACCAAAAAUUCAUGGACAGUAUCCUCGAUUACUCAGACAGCAAGUGGCUGAGGAGCCGCGAUAUUAACAGGUGGCACAAAGAUCAACCUGUACUUGAAGUUGAGAAGAUCCCGUUCAGGCGCAACAACCUCGCUCGAGUGGAGGAUAAGGAGGUGGAGGAAUUUGGCAAAUUGAAGACUGUUAUCUGUCCUGAGCCGAUGCGCAUCUCAAACAUUGCAACGCCGUUCGUGGUCAUGUGCUAUAUCCUUCCCGCCAUCAUUCACAGGUUUGAGAGCUACCUCAUCGCAUUGGAAGCUUGCAAGCAUGUCGACCUCAAUGUCAGCCCAGCUCUUGCGCUGGAGGCCCUGACUAAGGAUUCCGAAAAUUCUGACGAGCAUGGAGAAGAGAAGAUCAACUUCAAGAGAGGAAUGGGGCCGAACUACGAGCGCCUCGAGUUCUUGGGCGACUGUUUCCUGAAGAUGGCUACCUCCAUCUCAACUUUCGUACAGCAGCCCAACGAGAACGAGUUCGAGUUCCACGUCCGUCGUAUGCUAAUGCUCUGCAAUGCAAAUCUCAUGGACACUGCAGUGGGGAAGAAGAAGUUCUUGUUUGAAGACGGCGAGGAGCGUGGCCUGCAGCUCUUCAACUACGUCCGAACCAUGGCCUUUUCACGUCGUACCUGGUACCCCGAGGGCCUGAAGCUGCUCCGUGGAAAGGGUGUGGGCAAGAGCGAGGACGACCGGCUCAAGCUGACUCACAACCUUGGUGAUAAGUCCAUCGCUGACGUCUGCGAGGCCUUCAUCGGUGCAACCUUUAUGCAGCAUCACCACGAUGGCCCGUGGUCGCCAUCAGACUGGGACGAGACCGUCAAAGCCGUCAAGCUCUUCGCCAAUAGCCCCGACCACCCGCAGUCGAAGUGGUCAGACUACUCUGCAAGCUACAUGAAGCCACAAUACCAAAUCGCCGAGUCAACAGCCACCCAACUCGACCUCGCCCGUAAGAUCGAGGCCAAGCACCCGUACAAGUUCAAGUACCCACGUCUCCUGCGCUCCGCCUUCGUUCACCCGAGCCAGCCCUUUAUGUGGGAGCAGAUCCCAAACUACCAACGCCUCGAGUUCCUCGGCGACUCACUCCUCGACAUGGCCUUCAUCAUACACCUAUUCUACGCCUACCCCGACAAAGACCCGCAAUGGCUGACCGAGCACAAGACGCCCAUGGUCAGCAAUAAAUUCCUCGGCGCCGUCUGCGUGAAGCUAGGCUGGCACACGCACAUCCGGCAAAAUACGGCCAUCCUCUCCUCUCAGAUCCGCGACUAUGUGCACGAAGUGCAAGAAGCCGAGCGCGAAGCCAACGGCGCAGUCGACUACUGGGUCAGCGUCUCCGAGCCGCCCAAGUGCCUCGCCGACGUAAUCGAAGCCUACGUCGCCGCACUCUUCGUCGACAGCGAAUUCGACUUCAACAUUGUCCGCGACUUCUUCACGCGCCACCUGAAGCCCUUCUUCGAGGACAUGACGCUCGCCGCCUACGAGAACUUCGCCUCCAAUCACCCCACCACCCGCCUGUCGCGCCUUAUGGGCACCACCUUCGGAUGCAGCGACUGGCGCCUUGGUGCGCUGGAGACGCAGACGUGCAUCCCCGGCAAGGGUAAGGCAAUCGUGGCUAUGGUUGUAGUGCACGGGAAAGUCGUAUUCCAUAGUCUUGGGCAGAGCGGGCGCUAUGCACGGGUAAGGGCGAGUCAGGCCGCGCUCGAAGUCCUGGACGGACUGCUGCCGUUUGAGUUUCGGAUUAGGUAUGGGUGUGAUUGCGUUGAUGGGGAGCGGGGCCUGGAGGCGGAGGAUCAGGAGCGGGCGGUGAGGGAGAGGGUUGGGCUGAGCAUUUGA